UAUCGCAUUGACAAUGACCAAUUCCAGAAACGAGGCUAACUUUUCACAGAUAAGUAAUCUCAUUUCUUCUUAUACUUGACAAAGUACUUGGAUAUACAAUGAAAGUUCUGAUUGCUGUGCUGUCUUUUCUGGGUAUAAUCGUGGGAACCGCGAUUGCGACCACCUGCAUGACAGACGCUGAAUGUAGUUCUGGGGAGUGCUGCUUCCGCCAUGAGGGGCCAUUGAUAGUGAGCAGACGACAGUUGAUCGCCAGCCUUUUUACGUCAAACCAUGGAGUCUGUGAGAAGUUCCAGCUGGAGGGAGACCACUGCAGUGUAUUUGACAAAAUCAAUGGGCAUUGCAGCUGCGGCGCAGGCCUGAAGUGUGCAUUUGUACCCGACUCUACCACACCAACGACUGGAAAACGGUCCAUGGUCUACCCCUCUGUCCCCGGCUCCUAUAGAUGUACCCCUAGCGUUUGAGAGAUGCAUACAUGUAUCGACAAUUAAUAAAACUCAUGCAUAUUUCUAA